AUGGCUGACGAUGGGUCUCCCGGCACGGCGUCGUCUGGGACGCCCACGCACUCUAACCGUCUUGCGGCGGAGCAUAGCCCUUACCUUCUUCAACACGCCCACAAUCCCGUGGAUUGGUAUCCAUGGGGGGAGGAGGCCUUUUCCGAAGCACGCAAAAGGGAUGUGCCUAUUUUCCUGUCAAUUGGGUACAGCACGUGUCACUGGUGUCAUGUGAUGGAAGUGGAAUCUUUUGAGGAUGAAGAGGUUGCCAAGUUACUCAAUGAUUGGUUUGUUAGUAUCAAGGUGGACAGAGAAGAAAGGCCAGAUGUAGAUAAGGUAUACAUGACCUAUGUACAAGCAUUGUACGGUGGUGGUGGAUGGCCACUUAGUGUCUUCCUUUCUCCCGAUCUGAAGCCUUUGAUGGGUGGCACUUAUUUUCCUCCAGAUGAUAAAUUUGGCAGGCCAGGCUUCAAAACAGUUCUUAGGAGGGUUAAAGAAGCAUGGGACACUAAGAAGGAUGCUUUGGUCCAAAGUGGGACAUUUGCAAUCGAACAGCUUUCAGAAGCCUUAUCAGCUACAGCAAGCUCCAAUAAGGUUCCUCAAGGACUUCCCCAGAAGGCAUUGCAAAAAUGUACUGAACAGCUUGCCGACAGUUAUGACUCGAAAUACGGUGGAUUUGGGUCUGCGCCGAAAUUUCCGAGACCGGUCGAAAUCCAGCUUAUGCUUUACCAUUCAAAGAAACUAAACGAGAAUCGCAUGAUGAGCGAGGCAAAAGAAGACCUAAAUAUGGUUAUCCUAACCUUACAGUCCAUGGCAAGGGGUGGAAUACACGAUCAUAUUGGUGGUGGUUUUCACAGAUAUAGCGUCGAUGAAUGUUGGCACGUGCCACACUUUGAGAAGAUGCUAUACGACCAAGGGCAACUAGUUAAUGUUUAUCUCGAUGUAUUUGCCAUCACCAAAGACGUUUUAUAUUCGAGCAUGGCUCGGGGCAUUCUCGAUUAUUUGAGGAGAGAGAUGAUCGGCCCUAGCGGUGAGAUAUUUUCGGCCGAGGAUGCUGAUAGUGCAGAGUUCGAAGGUGCCUCUAGGAAAAAAGAGGGUGCCUUUUAUAUUUGGACUAGCAAAGAGGUUGAUGACAUACUUGGAGAGAAUGCAAUGCUGUUUAAGGAGCAUUAUUACGUAAAACCAUCUGGCAAUUGUGAUUUGUCAAGAAUGAGUGAUCCCCACAAUGAGUUCAAGGGUAAGAAUGUGCUGAUCGAGCGAAUAAGUACUUCUGCAAUGGCCUCGAAAUUAGGUAUGUCGGUUGUGGAGUAUCUGAAGAUAUUGGGGAUAUGUAAACAGAAGCUUUUUGAUGUGAGAUCAAAACGUCCGAGGCCACAUUUGGAUGACAAGGUUAUUGUAUCUUGGAAUGGACUUGCAAUAUCUUCUUUUGCAAGGGCAUCUCAAAUUCUGAAUGGUGAACCAGAAGGCACUCAAUUCUAUUUUCCGGUUGUCGGAACUCAUCCAAAAGAGUACAUGGAAGUUGCGGAGAAAGCAGCUGGUUUUAUCCGGAAAAAUCUUUACGACGAGCAGACACAAAAACUGAAGCACAGCUUCAGAAACGGGCCUUCAAAAGCACCCGGCUUUCUUGACGAUUAUGCCUUUCUGAUAUCGGCUGUUUUAGACCUUUAUGAAUUCGGCAGUUCUAUAUCUUGGCUAUCUUGGGCUAUUGAACUACAACAUAUACAGGACGAGCUGUUUCUAGAUAAAGAAGGGGGAGGAUAUUUCAAUACCCCUGGUGAGGAUCCUUCUGUUCUCCUCCGCGUGAAAGAAGACCAUGAUGGCGCGGAACCUUCUGGAAAUUCGGUCUCGUUGAUCAAUUUAGUACGGUUGGCUUCCUUGGUUAGCACCGGUUCGAAUCAUUACAGAAGAAAUGCUGAACUUCUUUUGUCGGUCUUUGAGAAGAGGCUGAAUGAAACUGCCAUGGCUGUGCCCCUAAUGUGCUGUGGUGCAGACAUGUUAAGUAUUCCUUCUCGGAAGCAAGUUGUUCUAAUCGGGAUCAAGUCGUGUUCGCUAUUCGAAAGCAUGUUAGCCGCUGCUCAUAAAUCAAAAAAAUGGACAGAAAAUAGGAGGCGUAAGGCGACGGACCUGGCUAAACUUGGUCUGAAGCUAAUUGUUGACCUCAUCAAAGGCGCGGCGGAGGGUGGCGAACUUCUUGCGAGCCUAGUCGGAGACAAGAAGCUUCGCCAUAGCUCCGCCAGAGCUUCCUUCCGAUUUCCAACGCGUUCUUGGCGGCCAUUGAAAUCCGAUGUCAGGGCUCGAAAUCGCUAUCCCGACGGUGAGAUUUAA